GAUGCAGGCAUCUUUAGUAUUUUCUGACUGCAUCUUACCUCCACUGAUUCUCUCCAGUACAUGCCGAACACCUGGGUACAACACUGUAAGGAAUAGUUUCGGCUUUGCCGGAAGCCCUGCCGGUGCAGAGUACAGCCAGUCGGCAUGAAUGGUUCCAACUAGGUCAUUGCAAGGCUCGCAAAAGGAAAACUUAUCGUCACAAAUAGAGUCUGCUUUCUGGUCGUGUACAAAACACUGUCUAUCACGAGGCGAAGUUCGCGUCAUGCCCGAGUCAGCCCGGCGUUCUCUCGGAGUCUGCUUUCUUCGCCGUGUACCACUCGGACAUGGCAUCCAUGUCGAACAACAAAAUCCGCACGAAUAGAGGUCGCGCCUGUUCCCUCUCCUGCGAAACGGACACCUCGCACCAUCUCAUAAGCUCAUCUAUGUCUCAGACACCACUUGGAACCCCUACUGCUAAUGGUUAUCAGAACAAUGUAUCCCCCUCUUCCUCUUUCCGGCCUAUAGUACCCCAUCCGAAGUGGACUAUCGGUACUCCAGAAUCGAGAGGCUUUUGGGAUGAUCUCAAGACUUUCCGUUGGGUCAUCGUACCAACUUCCUCUCUUCGUAUGCUGCUCGUUCCAAUCGUUCUCCACCUCCAAUGGAAGUACAUCACCCCGCUGUUCAUUGAUGACCCACCUCCAAGCCCGUUCGGAGCCAUGCUUUUUAUAUCCCACCCUACCCCGUCCCCGACCGGUAACCCGAGCGAUGCUCGCUAUCGAAAAGGUUACCUCGAUCUUAUCUUCAUCGCCUAUCAUGUCGUUUUCUUUUCCUUCCUCCGACAGAGCGUGAUUCUGUAUCUCUGCCGCCCUUUCGCCCAACAUUUCGGGAUCCGCAAGGAAGGAAAACUAGCUCGAUUUGGCGAACAAGGAUAUGCUGUCGUCUACUUCGUUAUUUCUGGUUUGUGGGGGAUACAUAUCAUGUCGCAGCUGCCUACCUGGUGGUACCGCACGGAUGCUUUUUGGAUUGAUUAUCCUCAUUGGCAGAUGAAGCCCAACCUGAAACGCUAUUACCUUAUGCAGGCUGCAUACUGGUGUCAACAGUUCGUCGUGCUCGUCUUGCGCCUCGAGAAACCUAGGAAGGAUUAUCAUGAGCUCGUCGCACACCAUUUUGUCACGCUCUGGCUCAUUGGCUGGAGCUAUCUCAUCAAUCUCACCUAUAUCGGUAACGCUGUCUACAUAUCCAUGGACAUCCCAGAUGUCGGCCUUGCUUUCUGCUCCAUUCUUAACUACCUACAGCUCGAUCGCACCAAGGUCGCAUGCUUCGUGGUCUUCAUGGGCACUUGGGCCUAUUUCCGACACUAUCUGAAUAUCAUCAUGCUCUGGUCUGUCUACUCUGAGUUUGACCUCAUGCCUGAGAGCAGCAAACGCUGGGCACCUGAAGAUGGCGUGUGGAUGGUCUGGUGGAUGAAAUGGCAGAUAUUCACGCCUCUCUUCCUCCUUCAUUGUCUCAAUCUCUUUUGGUUCUACCUCAUCCUUCGCAUCCUCUAUCGCGCUCUUACCCAGCCCAAAGUCACUGAUAUCCGUUCAGACGACGAAGAUGAGGGCGCCGAGAAUGACGGCGAACAGGAGAAAGAGUCCGUGACUUUUGCUUGCGAAACCGGCGAAUCGGAUUUCGCCACAAUUGAUUGAUUCCAGCCGUUGGACGUUGCAAACUGGUAUGGUUGGAAGUUCACUAGUUGAUUUAGGGAGAAAGGAAAGUCUGGGAGUCUCGCGUUGUAUGCUUGAAUUCCAAUAGAAUUCGCUCGUUGGGUGAAGCACCAUAGAUACAUUGAGCCAGUUGACACCAUAUACGGCC